UAAAGGGGAUGUUUGAUGUGCCUGUGUGUGGGGCAUCCAUCAGCAGCUGCUGGGACUGAGCCCACAGCACACUGUGUCUUUUAUAGCUCCUCUCUGUGGCUUUGCUUUUUAAUUCCUUCUGCAUGUAGUCCUUCUCUAAAACUUAGAUAUUUUAAUUGUAACGGACCCCCACCCCAUGCCUCUCUCUCUCUCUCUAUCGCAUCACCCUCCACGUGAUCAGCAGCUGCUGCUGGUGAGCGAGGCGGACAGAAACAGUGUGGCUGCGGCUCUGAACGCACCGGAGAAGCGCUGCUGUCUCACCGCGGAUAUAACCACACAUAUCCAUCCCAGCCGUUGGAUCCUGGCUUCACUUUUUAUUCGUUUUUUAUUUUUAAAUCACAUGUUUCUUCCAUUCCUCCUCCUGUCUCCCUCUCAUCACAGUUCAGCAUCCUCUCCUCCUUAGGUCCUCCAGCCUGCCUCGCCAACUUUUCCAUCCCACUGACCCUCUUCCAUCCUUUCCCCUCUGGUUCCCAGUCCUGGUUCUGCUGUUGGUCUAUUAUCUCCCACCUGCCUCGGAUCGGCUCAGUUCACCCGGGCCACUGCUUCAUGGGGCGCACCGUCUCGCUCGGAAAAUGCUCCGCCGUUGGGCUCUAGGCGCCCCGCUGAACCUGUCGGGAUCAGAGCUGCUGCGCGCCGUUUCCCCGCCUCGCCCGUGCUGCGGCUGGGGCCAGUGAGAGAGAGAUGGGUCCGUCCGUGGCUGCACAGGCUCGGCCGCACCGGUGGGGAGGCACAGCUGCGGCUCUUACGGGAGGCUGGAUCCGGAUCACCAUCGUUUCCUUUCUCGCUACUUUACCUGUGGAGCAGCUGCGCGCCUUCCCGUCCUCCCUCAGCGACUGCCAGACGCCGACCGGCUGGAACUGCUCCGGUUUUGAUGACCGGGACACGGACCUGUUCUUGUGCGACACCAACACCUGCAAGUUUGACGGCGAGUGCCUAAGAAUUGGAAAUAUGGUGACGUGCAUUUGUGACUUUAAGUGCAACAACGACUAUGCCCCAGUGUGCGGCUCCAACAACAAGAACUACCAGAAUGAGUGUUUCCUCCGCAGAGAUGCCUGCAAGCUGCAGUCUGAAGUCCUUAUUAUGUCAGAGGGAGACUGUCCUGCCGAUGCCGGAUCGGGAUCGGGAGACGAUGUGCUCGUCUCAGGAGGAAUGGGUGAAUCUUCUUGCGGCGUUAAAGAGGGGAAACUCUGUGCGUGCCGAAUGCUUUGUGUUCUGAGAGGGAAACUUCAACGCUUCGCUUUGGGAGAGCCCAGCAACGCACGGUGGGGCUGGCAGUUUGUUUACAUCACAGGAGCACAUCACUUUGUGGCUUGUAAUGGAAGAUUGGCAGAGGGGCAGUUCACUUGUUUAUUUACUCCCUGAAAUUACAUUUACAGAAGGGGUGCAGGAGUGCUGCAUGAUGGAGGGAGGCCUCGAAAUAUUCCAGUGAAUUA